UUAAAAUAGGCCUUAAAAUGUGUUUUUUUUUUAAAUGUGUUUCUUAUCUCUUAUAAUCGACUUAGUCCUCUCGCCUCGCGGAGACGCGGACAAGACUUAAAACGCAAAAUGGCGUCUAGCGGAGGUGAAGUUAAUAACGCUGACCUCUUGUCUUCCUCGCCUCUUGACGAGAAUAAUUUCUCGCCAGUAUUCAACCACUUAACCUCUCCAAGAAACCAAACAUCUGAAAGUUCAGAGAAAAGUGACAAUAGCUUAUCAGACGUUGAAGAAAAUGUGCCAAGAGAAUUUGAACUAAGCGAGCAAUACGGUCGAACCCCACCAAGUUCUAGGACUUUCACAAAACCUAGCAAGGAAAGGACAAGAAGUACUCGAAGAAAGAAGGAUAAGCCGGGUUCAGAGUUCCGAAGUUCUCCUUCUACUUCGUGGAGAAGGCGGCAAAGUGCUUCAGCCACCUCAAGCGAGAGGGCUUUUAAUCGGUCUAUGAAAGAAGAGGAGUCGUCUGUUAUUUUGGUUAACGGUGGCGAGGAAACGCCGUUUAAACCAAGAAACCGCAGCCUUACAGAAAGCUCUCUAUCUCGAAAACCUAGCCAGAGAAAAUUUCAGUCUAUCAGAUACCGUGAGCCUGCAUUGAAUGUUGUAAACAGCGUGCAUUUUAAAGAGAAUAAAGCUGCUGUCUGCCCUUUGGAAAGAGUGAAGUUUUAUGAAACCAUGAACAUGUUGGUGAACCUAGGUGGAAAUACUGAAGGCAAAGAGAAUAGUGUGGAAGAAACGGAAAAUUAUGAAAUUGAAGAGUUAAGGGAAGCAUUGUGGCUGGAAUUACAAGCAUGGAGAAGCUCGACAACCAUGCUUAACCAAGAUGAAUGGCUUAUGAAUGAACGUAGGAAAAUAAAUACCAUUUUGGAUAAUGUUAUUUAUUUUAAUGUUGAUAAGACACAACAAGUGAACUUUGAUGUUUUGUUCUCUGAUUCGGAAACUGACUCAGAAGAUGAUGACGAUGAAGGGUGCUGUGUGCUUCAUCCAAUUUACUCCUUUGUUGAGCGUAGCCCUUCAGUAGACAGCGAGACAAAUGAUUUAGCUUACUAUACAGAGCCAAAAUUGAGUACAAGUUCUGAUUUGAGUGGAACCAUCAGCACUGACGAGGAUACGUAUAAGUUGUCGGAUUUUGCGCAAACGAUCAAGACGGCCGUUAAACAAGUGUCAUCAACACUAGAUAAGUUGUACUCAGUCGAACAGCUUUAUCCAUCCCGAGGCGCACUCAGCAAGGAUUUUGAGAAGUAUACUUCAAAAGAGUUUCAGGCUAGCUGUGAUACCUUGGUGCUAUGGUUGAAUCAGAUCAAAGGGUUGUAUCAUAAGUUACACGUCAUGUCGUGGCUUGUUCAUGUUGAUUUUGAUGAUGAGAAGGUCUGGAAAGAUUGGAUUGAUCUUGGCAUAAGUGAGUUACCUUUGUUUGUAAUUUUUUUAUUUCUGGUGUUAAGCCCAUUUCCCACUAGGCGAAUUUGUUCACGCGAAGCACAAAAACAAAUCUUGGUAAUGUGAUUGGUCAGCGAAAAAACUGUUUUACUGUUUACGCGAACAAUUUUGCCUAGUGGAAAACAAGCUUCAUGCACUCAGGUGAAGCUAUAUGUUUGUGAAGUUGUUUCUGAGUGUGUCCACGCCGAACACGCUGAACCCAUAACCUUUGCUAGUCUGAUGCUCUACCAACUGAGCUACAAGAUCAAAUCAGUUCCGAAAUAUCACCCACUCAAACCGACUUGACUUCAUAGCUCAGUUGGUAGAGCAUUGGACUAGCAAACGUAGUUUGAACAGUGUUAUAAAUUGUUGUUUCUAGUUAUUAUAUAUUAAAAGGGCCCACAGUAAUUGGUUUUAACUGUUGUGGUGUCCCAGCCAUCUGACUGUAUGUAUUGUACUGUACUGAACUAUAUAUAUAUAUACUGUACUGUCUUGUGUUAGAUUGUAUCGUUUUUGUUUUUUUUUGUAUUGUACUGUAUGGUAUAUAUAAAUGGCGAAGUUAUAUAAAUAAAUAAAAAUAAACAAACCAAAGGUCACGGGUUCGAUUUCCACUGCGAUCAAGCAAUGGUUCAGCUUGCCCGGUGUGGACACACUCAGAGACAACUUCACAAACAUAUAAUAACAAAUAAUUCAACAAAUGCAUAUAAUUAAUGAUGUAAUGCCUGCAUUUGCACAGUAUUAGAAUUCACACAGACAAUUAGGUGUGCAAAAUUGCAUGGAAAUUGUGAUGCUUUUUAAAAGUGAUAUGUGUAGAUAAUUUGUUUUCAUGCAAAUGGUCAUUGAUAUUUUUUAUGUAGAUCUCAACUGUUUGAAGACGUACAACAGUUGCCGAAAUUGCCAAGAUCUCAGCUCUCACUGUGAUUUUGAAAUGCUAGAAAGUUGUGAAUCUCUCAAGCGAGGUUUAAGUUCUGAGAACACAAGCACAAGUAGAUACCGACCUUUUGUUGAUCAAACCAUAAAGAAAAUGGGUGUGGCCAAUCUUGGGUAUAAACUACACCAACUUAUUCACAUGGAGCUAACCCGUGCAUCGUUCAUCUUACAAGUUGACAAAACUACAAAUGUGUUUCUGAAACACCAGAGAUUGCACUUGUUGUACAAGAAGAUGCUCAUAAAGAAAAUUGAAAGUUUCAUGUAUGAUCCGGAAGAUAAAGAGACCUACAACCAGACGUAUGGAGUGCCAAUAGAGAAUUGGAUUGAAAGGUUUGAGAAAAUGGGAUUGCCAUCAUUCGAUAGCUUGUAUGUCUUUCUCGUUCUCUUGGUCAUGGAUAUCUAUCACGAGUGUCUACGCAUGAGAAUGGAACAUCGUCCAAAAGGAGAACCUUCAUCGCUCAGUGUUCGUCAGGUAUUGUGAGAGUUGGGCUGUGUUUUCAUCUUAUAUACACUUCCCAUUGAUUCAGUUGUAUUGUGCUUUAGUUAUUAGAGGAGUGUAAAGAGGUAUUAUUGGCUGCUGUUGUGGUACGACAGUAUUUCCUGGAUGCCUUGGAAGGUCUUGGAAAAGAUUUGAGCAGCUGUCCUCAGUUUGAAGAACGAGUUUUAGAAUUUGACCAGGACAUUCAGAAGAUGUUGGAGGUAAGGUUUCAAAGUUAAAAUUUAAAAAAAAAUUCCCCCAUGUGAUAAAUACUUGUUUUUGCAGGUUUAUUUUGAGUAUCUUCAUCAGUACAUGCAUAUAUUACAACGCCUGUCUGAAGCGUCGUGUGGUGUGAAAAAUAUUCUUGAGGAAGAGUGGGAAUUUGUCAGAGAAAUAACUCCUUACAUCCGAGGAGGAGAGGUGCAGGCUGGCAAGAGAUUUUGGUAAGUCGUAAGAAUAGUUUUGGAGUCAUAAUAAAGUCAUUAGAGUGCCCUACUUUAUUAAUUUACUCUGUUUAACACCAGAUGACAGUCUUGCACUUUGCAUGGAUGUCACAUACACAUAAUUUAGCCAUAAUUAAUUUUGGAGUCAGCAGCUCUGGUUAAGAAGUGUGUCUUGUAUUUCUUUAUAGCGUGAUGGCACGUGGUCUUGUGGAGUCGACAGCUGAUUUUCUUUCAACAGGAAUGGACGAGUAUUUUUCUGGCUUGCAUGAUUUGGACGACAAUGAAAAGCACUGGUUAGUUGCAACAAAUGAUCGCUUGUGCAAGAUUCUGCAAUUUCUUAUCCGCAGCAUUUUCAUGUGAUAGAUCAUAAGCAAGAGUGGGUAGUAGCGAAGUAGUUGUAGUUCGCUACUGUAGCAACUACAAUUUUCAAGUAGCCAGUAGUUUUUGACUACAUUUUUAAAACAGUAGCUGUAGUUAUAGCGAACUACAUUUUGCCUAAAAGUAGCCAAGUAGUUGACUACUUUUCAAACAGCAAAUCGCUAUUCGCUACUUUUAAAAAUUGUUAACAACUUGAUAGAAUAGCAUGAUAUUGAGAUACGGUUUGCUUAAAAUCGAUACUCAAUAGUCAAUUUGCACUCCUGAACACUGUAUGUAGUGAUUACAAAAAUGUUGCUUUGUGUUUACUGUUGCUACUCGUAAGUCUAUUUGUUAUAGGUUACAUUACAGUCUGAGUUAGUAUAGAUGCUCCAAAUACAGUAAAACUAAAAAAUAUAGCAUAGGCGUAGCGAAAUAGUUCGCUACAUUUUUUAAGCAGUAGCUAUAGUCAGUAGCGAACUACCUUUGUUCAAAAGUAGCAGUAGUUGUAGCUGACUACAUAUUUUUGAAGUAGCUGUAUUUAUAGUGAACUACAAAAAUUUUGUAGUCAACCCACCCUUGAUCAUAAGGCAGAAGAAUGCUUCUACAAGCACUGCAGUUUUCAGUUGGUGCUCUGGUUUUCUCAUUUCAUCUUCUAGUGACACUAGAGCAAUAAGAACAGUUAUUAUUGAACCUCCAGGGAAAGCAGUUUGGGACUGGCUUUGAGCAGCUUAGAGCUAUCCAGUAUAAAUAAACAGAUAUGCAAUGUACAUAUUGUGUAUUUUUUCAUGUAGGGUGAAAGUUCUGCAGUCAUGUCGUGACUUUAAGAAACUCUUUCAAGAGACACGAGAAAGAAGCAUCAAGGCUCUGGCAUUUGUGAAAAGAUUGAGGAGUGAUCUUGGGGUUGCUGCAACGUUUAAUGUGAACGUUCCAUAUUCUGAACUGCUGGAGCAACUUAAAGCUUCUGGUUACAUCCAGGUAAAGAAUUACAGCUCUAGCUAAUGAUUUAGGAAGUGGUUAUAGGUCCGACAUUUCCAUAAUCAUUAAACUUGUUAAAAAUAAAAGCGUGUAAAUUUAAUUGAAUUUCAAGCAAAUCCUCCAUAGUGUUGUGGUUUAGGCGCUUGUGUUGUAUGCACUAGCUCGCGGAUCAAAUCCCUGCUCGCGCCUAUAUUUUAUUAAUUUUUUAUACUUUUUUUUACAAACCCUUUUAGGUUUUUACAAGUUUUUACCCUUUUUUACCCGAUUAGGGGGUUAGGUUAGGGUUAGUUUUCAGGGUUAGAGUUGGGUUUAGUGGUUUAAUGGUUUAAUGUUAGCUUUUAAAAGCAUUGUCAGACCUUUAGCCGUGAAGCAAGAAGUCCGGUGCCGGACCUAUAACCACGGCGAAUGAUUUAUUUAAGAGAUCUUUUUUGUCAAUUGCCUCACAACCCAAAGGGUUGAAUUACACAAUUUCACAGUUUAUAAACUAACUAACUGGCAAUAUGUAUAUAGACUAUAGUACUAAUGAAGGGAGUUUUAAAAGUUAAUUGAGUAUGAAGAUUAAAAGAUUCUUAGGUUCUAUUAUUUAGCUUAUAUAUUUAUUGACUGGCAGAGUGGCAGGGAUGGUUUUACUGGGGGUGCAAGGAGGUGUGCCCCCCUCCCCCCAUAGCCCUGGCCAGAGGGGGUGCUAUUUUUCAUGAUAAAGCAAAAAAGAUACAGUAAUUUGAGUAAUAACAUGAUGAUAAGUGAACUGUGAACAACAAUUACAAUUUAAAUACAGUAGUUGAUGGGCGGGCGGCGCACAUGACCGACACAACUCAGCACCAGAGCUGGCAGAACACCCCCCUACCAGAUCAUGCUGGAUCCAUCCAUGUUGGCUGGAAUAAAAGUGUUCCUAUAAUGAUUUGCUUAUGAAUGAUUGCAUUUGGUGGAUAAACAAUUUUAUUUCUUUUCUUUUAGGUUGUCACAAAACUCAAUAUUUGCGCUUUGAUGUUUGUAAGACGUUCCUUGAAAGAAUCGAGAAGGUAUGUUUUCCUAUUUUUAAUUGUACAUACUUAAUUUUGUUGUCUGGUAAAUGAUCUGUGAUCAGGGUCUUAGCUAGGACUUUAGAUCUUGGGCGUGUUUCUAAAUGACCAGGGUGUGCACAAGUUUUUUCAGUAACUCUUGGGGGUAUUUAAAACCAUUUUAACACCAUACAGUUCCCAUUAUUCACCAAAACAUUAAAACAUCACAUGCAGAUCACUUUCGCCAAUUUCAACAAUAACCGUAGAUUUUACAAACUUUCUUACAACGUACAGUGAAUAGGAAGAAAUUCUGUCUGUUAUUUUAUGAACCUACACGGCCUUAUAUAAAUAAUGAAACCGCGUUCAUUUUAUCUAGCCGUGUUUUUCCCUUUUUGGCCGCGAUAACAUGGCCAACACGGCCCUCUAGCUAAGACCCUGUCUGUGAUGUUGUUUUAGGUGUAUCAUUGAGUUGCUGAAUGCCUGCUGUGGCCUGCAUAGUCAAUCCAGUGCGUGUGCCAAAGGAAUGGACAACUACAUUGUACUGUUGUCAAAGAAAAACACUGAAGGAUGUCAGUGGACUGGGGAUAAGAUUAACGUCACUCCUGCACUAGAUGCCUCGCUUGGUCUUGUUGAUAUCCAGGUUUGGCUUAUUCUGUGAAUAUUCACCAGAUCUAUACCAGGCCUCGAAUGGACCAUUUGCAUUAUAGACUAAAUUUUGAUCUGGACAAAAAUUUCAUCAUAGCGUGAAAGAGCAUCACAAAAUUAGUAAUAUUCCAAAGUUUCGUUACGAAAUGUUGUAAAAUGCGGAUAGCCAUGCGAAGUUUGCCGUUUUUCAGUCAUUUUGUAUUACAAACGGGAAAUUGACAGCCCAAUCGGGUUUUUGUUCUCCCUCAACGGUAAUUGCCGUGAUGAAAUUCAAGCCCUGAUCUAUACCAGGGAUAGAUCAAAAUGCGUCAUCCUUCUGACGGAUGAUCCAUCUUAGAUACAAUCCUGAACUGUCUUUGCCAGUGUAGGUAGUGCCAAUGAAAUGAACAAGCUUGCAUCCCUACCAACGAAAGCUUGUUCAUUUGGUCCAUCUUAGGCCUGAUGUUGUGACAAAGCCUAGCAUAUUUCUUGGCUUUGAGAGUACCAGAGCAGAACUACAUGUAAUAAUUUUGACGCAAAAGAAAAUGCUAUGGCACAACAGUCCAUAUUCAGUUCUACAUCUUUCUAGGUGGAUGAACUCGCAAUGGUGGCAUGUACAUCUUGUGCUCUCAAUAUUCAUAUCAACAUGCUCAAAGCUCACAUGGGCGAGGCUGUUACCUGUGCUUCAGGAUCAACCUCGUGUCAUCUUGAUCUUAUUGACAUGAAGACACAGAUCUCGGUAAGUGCAAUACAUUUGUAGUGGAACGAGGCUCUGCAACCAAAGGGUGUAUUAUUUCAAUUAGAUAUCCGUUUAUAAUGUAUACAAUAAAUGUGAAAAUAUCUCUAGGAUUCCUUGGUAAACCUGAGAACAAAGAUCUGUGACGCUUUGCACGGCGCGGUGGAGAACCUAGACGUUGAGAAGAUGUACGACAUUGAAGAAAAUGAGCGAAGUAGAUUAAAUAGUAGUACUUUGGAGGCUCUACAGUUUGCUUUUAAUGCUGUCUUUGAUGUAAGUUUCAUAGGUUUUGUUGUGUGGAGCCUAGCGUAGUUUGGUUUUAUCAAAGAGGAGGGGGGGGGGGGUUGCCCCCCCUCUAGUAUCUGCCGCUGCAUUAAAACAUGAAGUUCCCACAACACAAAUCAUUUCUUUAGUUCCAUCGAGAGAUGAGGAGAAUUCCAGAAUCAGACGAAGCGUCUUUGUCCAUUGUUGGUAAAUAUUAUCUGGAGUUGGCGUCGAAAUGGAUGAAUUUUGUCUCGAAACGCUGCGAGAAAGGAAAGGGAAGCAGGCCAAGAUGGGCAGGUCAGGGACUCAAGUUUCUUAUAGAAGCUUGUCACCCGACAAUCUCCUGUCGUUUGUCUAACGAAGAAUUUCAAGUAAGUGGUUACGGUGAAAUGUUAUCAUUGCGCGACACUAAUGUCUAUGUAGAUACUUAUUUCAUGUCUUUUCAAUGACAGGGCUUUCAAAAUAAGCCGUCGGCCGCCGGAGCUCUAGCGAGUGCCACGAGGUUUACCGCCGGUUACUUUGUUUAGUACUUGAACUAUCAAUUCUGCUCUCCUUCCUCAACUCUAAGCUUUCAAACAACAGAGUUGUUUGUCCUCAAUCUGGUCUACUUUAUAGCCUGGUUAUUUUCGAAAAUGGCGUACUACAGUAUUUCGUAAAACUGGUUUUAGUUAUUUGCCAUCUUAAAUUCAAAGUUUAAUAUCUUGUUGAAGGAUGAAAGUAGUGAUACAUUAUAAUUUAGUUACGGAGAUCAGUUGUGUUACUAUCUAAUCAAUAAAAUUUGGAUGACUUUAAAACUCCCUAAGCUGCUCCCCAUAGCCGCUUGCUACUGUAUAUCAACACAGCCACAUAAUGGAUGAUUCCAGCUGUAAACGGAAUUUUGAUCUAGACAAGAACAACGAAAUCCAUUACCAUAGCUGGAAAGAGCAUCUUAAAAUGAGAAAAAUUGCAAAGGUUGGUUGCGAAUUGUUGUAAAAUGAAGAAAAUAUAUCCUUGUGAAGUUCGCAAAUUUUGUAUAUAUUUGCAUUAUGCGUGGGAAAAUAACCAUUUUUGAGCCGAAAGUGGUUAUUUUUAGCGCGCGUAAUACAAAUAUAUACAAAAUUUGCGGACUUCACAGGGCUAUAUUUUCUUCAUUUUACAACAUUUAGCAACCAAUCUUUGCAGUUUUCACUCAUUCGAAGACGCUCUUUCUAGCUGUGGUGUUGGAUGUCGUUCUUCUUGCCUUGAUCAGAAUUUAGCCUAUAGCUGAAAUCACCCAUUGUGAAAGUCCUGCAAUGUGUUUUUAGAAACUGCAGCAUGAGAUCAACAGAUGUGUAGAUCAUGUGGUGGGCAGUGCAGACAACUUACUGAACUCCAGCAGUCCGACCGCAGGUGGCGCGUGGUCGCCCAACACAAGGUUCUCGCGAUCAUCAACAUUUCCUGGCACCCACUCUCAUAUUCAUCCAUCGAGAACUAUCUCAGAGCCAGGACGACCCAACAUAAAGCGUGCUAAUACUCUAGGUAUGUUUCUUGGUGGGAGGUUAUGUUUUCAUCUGCAUUUGUGUAUGUGUCUGUCAGCAGGAUACGUAAAAAAUAUCGUAUUAAAGGCCCAUUUUCACUCAUGAAAAUUUUCCCCAGGAAGAAAAUUUUGUAAAAUGUGAGUGGCCGACACAAAUUUUCCGUCGGAAAAAAAUUUUGAAGUUGAAAAUUUUCAACUUUUAACAAUGAUAUUUUCGGAAAACUUUCUGACCGUGGAAAUUUUUCUGGAGAUAAAGGCCCAUUUCCACUCGGGAAAAUUUUCCGCAGGAAGAAAAUUUUGUAAAAUGUGAUUGGCCAACACAAAUUUUCCGUCGGAAAAAUAUUUUGAAGUUGAAAAUAUUCAACUUUUCACAAUGAUAUUUUCGGAAAAUUUUCUGUCCGUGGAAGUUUUCCCCAGUGGAAAUGGGCCUUUAAAGGCUAGUUUCCACUCAGGAAAAUUACCUGUGGAUUGGAACGGACAAGAAAAUUUUUCUUUGUCUUGUGAGCUCUGGGUUGGAACUAAUGACUUUAACACAAAGAAAAAUUUUCUUGUCCGUUCCAAUCCACGGAUAAUUUUCCUGAGUGGAAAUUAGCCUUAACACGAAAUUGGACUUUGGAUAUAUCCUUGUAGGUAACGAUGCUGGUGAGGAUCGUGUUGACAGUGGAGUGGAAGUACCACAGCGCAGGAUAGUGCGUGUAAGAGAUGGUGUAGCUUUGCUCGAAUACACCCGUCAUGUGAAGAUGUUAGAUAAAGGUGUGAUAGGGCGAGUGAGUAACAAGAAACGUGAUCUCGCAGGGGAACUGGCUUUUAUACCGAAACGAGUGCCGUUUAAAUGGCAACGAGGGAAUAAAAUUGGUAAGAUGUUAAAUUUGGUAAAAUUUUGUAUGAAGUGGAUUAUGGAUUAAGAAACGUCUAAUUAGUUUCUAAUUAUAUUUUUUAAUUAGGUGAAGGUCAAUUUGGAAAGGUUUAUGCAUGUGUUAACUUGGACACAGAGGAGGUGGUCGCUAUGAAACAG